GGGGGAAAGACGCCGCGGCUCCGCCAAGGAGACUUUGCAGGAGCGCAUCCGGGGGGCGCUUAAGAAAAGAGGGACGUUUGCAGCGACCGCGAUCACCCCCCUUUUUAAUUAGCAAGGAUAUAAGAGAGGAGCUCUGCCUUGGCUUUUCGACGUGGUCAGACUCGAACUCGUGACUCCAAGUUGGGACCCUCCUGUGGAUCAGCUUCCUGCAGACAGAACAUCAUUUCGACCGCCUGGGUUUUUCCCUGCUUCUGUGAGAUGCCUCCCGGGGCUGGGCUUUCUCCUGCCCUCCUCUCUGCAGCUGCGCCCAUUUCCUAGCCUGCAAGACUGAUCCCCACUGCCUGCACCUUUCCCUGGGCUCAGCCGGCUGGGGGAAGUCCUGUUUCGCCCACCCAGUGGCACGUGGCGGAAUAAAACAACAGGGACUAGCGCCUUGGCUUUCCACGCUGCCGCUUUGAGGUUUCUGGUGGGGCAGAAGAACAAAAGCAAGAGACUGGCACCGUAACAAGCAUCACCGCCACCAGAUCUAUUGCGCCAGGAGAUUGCAUGGCCUGCGGUCCACCGGCGAUGGCCGAAGACGUGUCCCAGCGGGCACGGCGGUGUGGUGGCAGCGUGGGCUGAGCUUCUGCGUACACCCCAAUUCGGCACGCCUCCAUGUCUGGUGCUAGCAAGAGGUCCUCAUUCCCGCAGGCCAGCUCUCCCUUGACCACCGCUCUUGGGGGUUUGGUGGACCCAUGGCAUUUGCUGGCGUGGGCUGAGCCCCCUGCUUGAAAUGACCACGUCCUCGUCCCCGCUGGCCCUCGAUGGCCUGGAUAUGGUCUACAUCGUGGUGGAGUUGGUGAUCGCUGUGUUGGCCAUCGCGGGCAACGUCCUGGUGUGCUGGGCAGUGGCCAUCAACAGCACCCUGAAGAACGCCACCAACUACUUCCUGGUCUCCCUGGCAGUGGCCGACAUCGCCGUGGGCCUCCUGGCCAUCCCCUUCGCCAUCACCAUCAGCAUCGGCCUGCGGAUCAACUUCCAUUCCUGCCUCUUCCUGGCCAGCUUUGUCCUGGUCCUCACCCAGAGCUCCAUCUUCAGCCUCCUGGCCGUGGCUGUGGACCGGUACUUGGCAAUCAAGAUCCCACUUAGGUAAUGGAGUGAUCAGGGGGAAAGAGCGCGGGUAGGGGAGAAGGGUUUUCCCUCGCCCAGAUCCUGCGACUUCCGCUGUGUUGACCGCUUGCGCAGCUUGGCUCGCUUGCCCGAGCUGCACGUCUCUGGAGAAGGGUUGCGGCUCAGGACUAGAGCACCUGAUUUGCAUGCAGAAGGCAUGGGUUAACCCCCAGUACUUUUGCCUCUUAGGUAGGGCCAGGGAGGACUGCUUUCUGAAACCCCAUAAGAGCUGCUGCCGAUCGGUGCAGGUGAUACUGAGCUAGGUGGGCCAGUGGUCUGACUCAGUGUAGUGAAGAGCUGUAGCUCUGGGAUAGGCAUGGCUGGGAAUGCCCCCUGGCCUAAAAGCUUGGAGACCGGCUGCCAGUCAGUGUAGGGAAUAAUAAGGUGGAUAGCCAAAUGAUCUGACUUGGUAUACAUUAGCGUCCUUCGCUUCUAUUUAAAUCAGCCCUUUAUUUGGAAGUGUGAGAACUGGAUCCUCGCUUUGUCCUUAAAGGAAGGGCUGUAGUUUAGCACAACGGUGGCUUGGAAUGUCCCCUUGGCCAAAAGUCCCUGCUACUCACCGUGGACACAACUGUGGACCAACAGUCUGAGUCCGUUAUAAAGCAACUUCCUACAUUUGCAAUUCUCCUGGUAGCAGAUUGUGCUCUGGAGAGUGGAAGGGGGUCCCUGGUGCAGGCGGUGGCUCUCCGGAACAGAGAAAAGGCAGUUGUCCUUCACGCAGAACGCAGACUAUGGAACUCCCUCCCACAAGAUGCAGUGUUUGUGUUUGCAGAGAUUUGCUUCCCCCUUUAGUUUCUUUUUUCUUCUUUAACUAGCAUUGUCCUAGGAUCAAACGCCAGCCUUGGCGGGGGAGGGUGAGUUAAAAUUCCACCCCUGCCUCCCAGUCCGUGGGUAAGAAUUCCGGUAGCUGUAUGAGUCACGGCAAAACAAACCAUGUGCUUCUAUUAGGUCCUGGGGUUGCAACCGUAUUCAGCUCAUUGGAUAUAUAUGUCCGGGGUCUGAGUCACGUGGAGGCCACCAAUAUCCUCCUCUCCAGGUUGUUUUAAAGUCGGGCGGGAUUUGUUGACAUCCUGGUUGGUUUGUUUUUAACCUCAGUUGUCUCAUCUGCGAAAUGGGCGCAGCCAAUGAGUUAAUUUCACAGGGUUGUUAUUACUGAAGGUGGAAUAAGGUUGAGGUUGAAUAUAAGAAGGAUCCCUGCUGCUUGAUCAGGGCAAAACAGGCCUUACCCAGCCCAGCCUCCUGUUCUUACCACCCCAUGUGGUGUAAUGCUUAGAGUGUCAGGCCAGGACCUGGGAGAGACCAGGUUCGAAUCCCGCCAUUAAGCUCCCUGGGUGAACUUGGAGGCUAGUCACUACCUUUCAACCUAACCGACCUCACCGGGUUGUUGUAUGGAUAAAAUGCAGAGGGAGAACCUGAGCUCCUUGGAAGAAAGUUGGGAUAUAAACAAAUGUAAAUAAACAAGCAGCAUUCGCUUAAGAUUCCUAGAAAGUGGGAUACGCUAGGCCUGUUCCCUCCGACAUUAAGUGCAUUUUAAAAAAUCAUUUUUUUAAAAAAACCCUAACAGAAAAAAGGUUCCAUAUAAAGGGUUUCAUACAUUAAAGCACCAGGUUAUUAAGUCUGCGAUGGCUAACAGCCAUUGACCAAUUCAUUGAUGGCAGGCCUGUCCAUUUCUGACGGCCGCAGUAACUAUCUUCCCAUUGAACCUCCCUGUGCAGGCGCAGUCUACCUUGGAGGACUGGCUCAGCUGUUUGGGGUGUCCCUGAGCGAGCCACUGGUCCGCUCCCCGCCACCACCUUGCGUGCGUGAGGAAUGAGGCAGGCCCAAUUUGUGGGGCUUUCGUGAAGGUUUACCCAGCUAAUGCAAAGGGUUUCCCGAGGAUGGUCACUAGAUACUGGGGUCAAGCAAGAGGACAAAUGGUGUUUGCAUCUCACUCCUUCCCCUUGUAUCCUCACAACAGCCCUGUGAGGUAGGUUAAGCCAAGAGAAAGAGCUCACAAGGGGGCUGCGUCUCUCUGUCUGUCUUGGUCCUUUUUUUGGCUACUUAACCUAGUGGCUGUUUUUCACCUAACCCCCCCCCCUGUAUUUCUGGGGGGGGGGGUUCUGGGCAAAGUUUCCUUAGUGAAAAGGUCUGAGAGAAGGAGAAAACUGGGAUGGAGGAUGUGUAUCUGGUGAGGUAUGCCAGGGGACCCACUGCAGAAUGGGGAGCGUCCAGUGAGUCGUGUCUGAGUUGGGUCCGUAGAUCAAGGUAGACUGCUCCUGAGCGCAGGAGUUCUACGAUUGGGGAAGAGGGAACACGCUCAGUUCGCUUAAGGUGAUGGCGAAACCUAGCAGGAAGGUGUUCAAAACGACUUUGGGGUUUUCCAAAACAAAGCUCCAUAACUUUUGGGAUGUCCUGGGUUGGUUUGUUUUUAAUUUCUUGAAAUAUGGGAAUCCUAGUGAUAAUGUUUAAGAAUGUGAGAAGUCCCCGUUGGAGGACAGCUAGGAGAAUAGCUUGAAGUCUUGUGCGUGUGGUCUUGAGGGAAGACCACAGACCCGACUCCUUCAAAGGAGACCUUCCUGCUGUUUGCAGCCGAAACCUCAACUGUGAGCAUAUCCUGGUAUUUGCACAAGUAUAACUCUUCCCUGCUGGCAGGCCGGAGAUUUUUUGCUUCGGAAAAGGGCGGUUCAAAGCUUGCCCCCCUGCCUUUUCUGGAAAGCGAUCAGCUGAGGCCGUUCCCAGUAGCGCUGGAAGUGUCUUAUUAACGGUUAUUGUUACAAAGUGUGGUCCUGCAAUAAAAUGUUGCAGCAGGGAGUGUGUCUGUGUCGGUUCAGCCCGCUGGCCACGCCCUCCCAUGGGUUACUCCAUUCCAUUUCCUCCUCCUGCCACGCUCUCCUUCCUUGCCUAAUAAGACAUCCAUUCCUUCUGUGCCCACAGAGCAUCCCCAGACCCUUUGUUGUUGUUUAAUUGUUUAGUUGUGUCCAACUCUUUGUGACCCCCUGGACCAGAGCACGCCAGGCCCUCCUGUCUUCCACUGCCUCCCGCAGUUUGGUCAAACUCAUGCUGGUAGCUUCGAGAACACUGUCCCACCAUCCCGUCCUCUGUCGUCCCCUUCUCCUUGUGCCCUCCAUCUUUCCCAACAUCAGGGUCUUUUCCAGGGAGUCUUCUCUUCUCAUGAGGUGGCCAAAGAACUGGAGCCUCAGCUUCAGGAUCUGUCCUUCCAGUGAGCACUCAGGGCUGAUUUCCUUCAGAAUGGAGAGGUUUGAUCUUCUUGCAGUCCAUGGGACUCUCAAGAGUCUCCUCCAGCACCGGAAUUCAAAACCCCAGACCCAUGGGAGCUGUUUUGGGGACCACCACUCCCCUGCUGCUGAGCGUUCCUCUGUUUUUCUUUGUAGGGGGGGUCUCAUCCUACAAUUCUUGGGGUUCCCCCGAGACUGCUGAUUGUGAAACAGUGGUGCCACUGAAACUACCUAAGGUAUUUGGAGAAUGAGGUCACUAUUUGUGUGUACUUUGAGUUAUAAAUAUAUGGGGAUGGCCACAAAUAGGCAAAGCUCUCCAUUUUUACUUCCCGGUUUCUCACUUUCCCCUGAUCCUCAGUUCCCCAUAUUUUCCCAUGAAUUUGUGAUUAUUAUCACUAUUUUUUUUCAAAGUCUUCAUGAAAAUUCACCAGCAUUGUUUUGCAAAUUUUUCCUAACACAUCUCUGCAAUUUUGUGUAAUUAUACAGUUCCCCCUCCCGUGUAUUUUUGCACAUGAUUUUCACCCACAUUUGCAUUUGUAUACAUACUUUACACACACUCUCUCUGCAUUUUGGGGAAGCUUAUUUGCCUGGAGAUCCAUAUUGCGAAGUCUGAGGAUUGUGUUCUGGUUUCACAUAUUGUUCUUGACAGCUGGAAAAUUGGCUAUGUUCACCUUUUCAGGGGUUUUUUUUCCCCCGUCGUUGGAUAAGGUUAUUGAUGGCAAUGGGCUCUGUGGACCCUCCACAGUCAGGCGCAGUCUAUCCUUGAAUCGGUAUUGCUGGGAGGGAAACGGUGCUAGGAGGCUACUUUUCUGUGCUUCCUGUAAAAGCACGCACUUGACCCGCCGGCGUUCUUCUGAUGUUCCAAUUUACACAGCACCAAUCCAGGCAUAGGGACGCGGGUGGCACUGUGGGUUAAGCUACAGAGCCUAGGGCUUGCCGACCAGAAGGUCGGGGGUUCAAAUCCCUGCAACGGGAUGAGCUCCCGUUGCUCGGUCCCUGCUCAUGCCAACCUAGCAGUUCGAAAGCACCUCAAAGUGCAAGUAGAUCAAUAGGUACCACUCCGACGGGAAGGUAAACGGCGUUUCCGUGCGCUGCUCUGGUUCGCCAGAAGCGGCUGAGUCCUGCUGGCCACAUGACCCGGAAGCUGUAUGCCGGCUCCCUAGGCCAAUAAAGCGAGAUGAGCACCGCAACCCCAGAGUUGGCCACGACUGGACCUAAUGGUCAGGGGUCCCUUGACCUUUAAUCCAGGCAUACAUGAUGCUUUGCUCUGUAGCAGAAGGUCUCUGCCUCCACUGAGUUUACAGUAACAGCGGUGGGCUCUGGCUUUGCAGAACCUUCUCUAUGCCCCUCCUUCCAUGCUGGAUUACUUUGCAGUGGUCCUCUGCUUCUAACAGGCAGUAAAUUGCCAUAUAAUGAUUUUCUCCCAGGCAAGGAACCAAGCUUAUUUUUGCAUUCCAGGGGGCUGGACGAAAUGACCCUCUGGAUUCGUUCCAACCCUACGAUUCUGAGAUUCUCUGAGUUCAUGCAUGUGCUGGGGCCAGAGGCAAAGAUGGACGAAGCAACAGAUAUAAAUUUCAUCUUAGGCUAGUUUCUACACACACUCACACCAACCUCUUUCUAUCCUCCAUCCAGAAUAGGCAGAAAGAGUUGAGGGUGGAGCCUCUCCAGCGAGGGGUGUGUCCUAAGGGAAAGGGGCGUGGUCUGGAGAGAUUCCCAAGGGCCAGGUAGAAAGGCUCUGGGGGCCACAUUUAGGGAAGUUUUUAGUGUCUGAGGCUGUAUUGUUUUUUAAUAUUCGGUUCGAAGCUGCCCAGAGUGGCUGGGGAAACUCAGCCAGAUGGGUGGGGUAUAAAUAAAUUAUUAUUAUUAUUUUAUUCUAUUAUUAUUCAACAUUUUCUGCUUUGUACCACCAACUGCUCAUUUGCAACCUCUGUGUUUCUGAUGUAUUAAUCUCAUUUUCUGUUGUGUUUGGCGCCCAAAGCAAUACGGAGUCGUGGCGGUGUUUGAACAGUAACAUAGUUAAUGGUGUGGAAGGAAAACGGGACGUGAGCCAGGCCCGUUUGUCGCAGGGCCAGAAUCCUCUCAGGCGGGGCGGAUGAAAGCCAUGCUUUUGAACCCCUGCGCGGCAGGCAGGCAUUCAACAGGCAAGUGCGGCUGCUUUUCCCGUUGCAUUUCUACCUGUUCCACUGCUGCAGAAACAACUGCCCAGUCUGAGGAAAGGAGAACUUGCUUAGCCGCUUAUCAGUCACAAUAAAUUAUGCAAUUGCAUAUUUUUGAGGAAGAGGAAAAUGUUGCCGCCUCUGAGCAUAUGGUUUGGGGGGGGCAUGUUAGCUCAUCAAUGUCACAAAGGGAUGACACUAUCAUUCUGGAAAUUUAUGCGGAAUUGUCGUUUUCUCAAAAACAUCUGCUGAUCAGCUUCCCCAGCGGGGAAACCGAGGCUGCAGUUCCUACCUAGUUGCCCAGAAUUGCCGUUUUUCUUCCGUGAAUUUGCCAAGAAAUGCAGCGCAGGACUGUGUUUUAAAAAAAGGAAAGGAAUACAUGUUUUAAGGUGUUCUCUCUACUUUUACUGAUGCAAUCUUUUCAACACUAAUUAAUGUUUGAAAUUCAUUUGUAUGCUUACAUCUUUCUGUUCAUCAAAGUGGUCUUAUUUUUUCUUUAUUAAAAAUAAAUUAUAUAUUUAGAGUGGCAUAUUCUGACUCAGUUGCACCCAAUGCUGGCCCUGCUCAGAGUAAACCCAUUGAUUCUCUCUUGGGUUCAUUCAUUUCAAUGGGUCUGCUUUGAGCAGGAAUCACUUGCAGAAUAGACCUACUGCAAUCAAUAACAGCCCGUCUCAAACCCAUUGAAAUGUCUUCCGCCUUUCAGAGUUUAAAAGUUUUCGUAGCUUAGAGAUUUUUGGCAUAAAUAUCCCCUCUCAGGGGGUCUAAGAAAUGAGAGUGGGCGGGGGAGAGAUAUAUGGGGAAAUUUGGAUGAUGUGUUGUUUGGCAUCUAUGCUAUGCCUGUAAAAAAAACAACAGAGACGUUAGCCUCAUACUCUGAGUAGACCCAAUGAAUUUAAUAGACUUAAGUUUGCCCUGGCUGAUUUAAGCCCAUCUCUUUUAAUGAGCUGACUCUGAUUUAGCAAAAUAUCCAUCCCCAAAAUAAAACACACCAAAAAUUGUACAUCAGAUACAAAACACAGCAGGAUUGGACCCUGCCUUAAAUCGGAAGGUAAAACAGCGAAAGGAACAAAGUUGAUUGUAAAACACUGGCUUGGUUUUUUUGAAAAUCCAAUUGUGAUACAUUUACCCUUUGGGGAAAAAACAACUCUCUGAUUCGCUCAUUGCAGACCAACUUUGUUCAUGCCUGGCUGCUCCUUUUGCAUAACCUCAGUUGCCCAAUCAGCCCAGGCCAAAGUCUUCGAUGGAAAAGCAGAGGCAGGGUGUGAUCGGCGGCUGUCGUGCAAAGUCAUCCCGCUGUGACUGUGGAAAUUUGUUUCUGAAGAUAGGAGACUUCCUUCUGCGAACUUCCUUCGUUUAUCUUGGGAUCCACACUCAUUGGGCAGCGGGGGGGGGGGUAACCUUCCCCCCUUCCAAUAAUAAUAGUAAUAAAUAAUAAUAAUAUAUUUAUACCCCGCCCAUCUAGCUAGGUUUUCGUAGUCACUCUGGGCGGCUCCCAACAGAAUAUUAAAAACACGAUAAAACAUCAAACAUUAAAAACUUCCCUGUCCAGGGCUGCCUUCAGAUGUCUUCUAAAAGUCAGAUUUCCUUGACAUCUGCUGGGAGGGCGUUCCACAGGGCGGGUGCUACCACCGAGAAGGCCCUCUGCCUGGUUCCCUGUAACCUCACUUCUCGCAGGAAGGGAAGUGCCAGAAGGCCCUCGGAGCUGGACCUCCGUAGCCCUCCUGCUCUGAACGUCUUGGGAAAGUGGUACUUGAGAAUAACAAUUGACUUGAUGGGUUCUUUGCUGCAGCCGUGGUGCUGAUAUUGAUGGAGCUCUUUGGGCUUGCAUGCAGAAGGCCCCCAAUCGAAUCCUGGUCUCUCCAGCAUAAAAACAGUCUGGUAGCAGAGUGAGGGGAAAGGGGGCAAGUUUGGCUGAAUGCCCUGGCUGACUGGUUAAAACAGUUGUGGUGAGUUUCUGACCUGCAAGCCUCUGAUUAGUUCUCUGAAACCUUGGAGAGCGGCUGCCAGUCAGUGAAGACAGUACUGACCUAGAUAGACCACUGCUUUAUCUCGGUCUCAUGUGCCUUCCUGUGUCCCUGCCUAAGAGCUCUUUCUCCACAACCAUGAGGACUAGAGCCUUGCUUUAUUUAUUGGUGAAAGACUGUAGCUCUCUGCCUGGUACCUUGGAGAGCGGCUGCCGGUCAGAGUUGACAAUAUGGAGCUAGUUCAGAAGUUGGAAGUUCGUUCCAAGUAGCUAUUGAAUCCCUCCUGGUAUGUAGAAUACAGUAGCCUUAAGGGAGUGAAUCUUGGUUAGGGAGCAGACUUUGGGGACCUCUUUCAGACUGAGGGCCGCAUUCGUGUUUAGGGAGUCUUCCGGGGGCCACAGGCAAAAAAAAGCCAGUCGUUUCUGCGCACAUCUGCAGCUCCUGCUCAGUGCUCUGACUCAGUAUAAGGUGUCUUCCGGCAGGCCUGUUGUGGACAAUAUGCUUAGAAAUUACUCAUCUUUGGGGCGAUGGGGACGUUGGGAGGGUUUGGGGAUGGAACUGGCGAUGGCCGGAGAGACGGACUUCUUGAAGCUGCCGGUGUUAUCAAACAGAUUUGUCACGCGGUAUCUCAAAGUUUGGGCUGACAGCGCUUCCUCCUUGACAGCUCCCGGGCGGCGGAAAAACUCGUUGCCCUCGUUGCUUCGCGUUUCCUACCAUUAUGAACCAGCCUCGUUUCCUACGCUUACAAAUAGGCAGAGUUUCCUACAAUCUGUGGGCUGAGGAGCGUUUUCUCAACCGUCCUCCUUUCUCCGCUUCCGUUGGUAAACCGUGACGACAAUGGUAAUAAAUAGUGCUGGUUAAUGGUAGUCAUAUGCAUAUUUAAAGAAUAGUUUUUUUGGCAACUAUCAUCAGGGGCGGCGGGGAGAGAGAAUCUUUGCCAGCUGACAUUAACGAUAAAAACACUGGCCAUCGGCCCCGACUGAAGUGCAUAAAUAUUGGCCAUAUAUCAGAAUUUAGGAUCGAGACUGGCGAUUACAAGUUCUGCGUUGUAACAGGGAAAGGGCAGCGAGAGUCCCCUGAAAUGCAGAAAUCUUCAGACCACUGAUUCGUAGCUGGUGAGCAUUGACCCUUCCUGCCUUGCAGUAUACGUCUCUUGCUUGGUUGUUAAAAUAAGUACAUUGGGUUAUUAGUUAUCUUCAAGCCACAACUGCAGUGGGAGAUUCUGCAAUUCUAGGAUUAGGCCCACGGGGCUGAAACGCCCCACCAUUGAUUUAAAACAUUUCUGUAUUGGCCUUUGGUUCUAAAUUUCCAGGGCAGUUUGUGAUAAAGGUUAGCAAAGCCACAAGGAAUGUGCUGCUUACAUUUUUUUUUGGGGGGGGGUAUUUACAGGGUUUUCCCCCCAGGCUGAUUGUCACUGCUCUUGAGUAAGUUGAUUGUCACUGCCGUUAGGUAGAGGAAAAGGGGAAAACCCAAUGACCACUUAAAAAAAAAAAAAGUGCCACAAUAAUUUUUCCUUAUUUAAUGUGGGCUUUAACCCCAUUCCUGCCACCAUCCAAAUUUUUGGGCAGCCCAGGCAUACCCAGAAGGUUUUCCUGAAUUUGUAAUUGGGCAGAGAAGAGAUGUUCAGAAUCUUUCUUUCUGUCUGUCUGUCUGUCUUAAGUAGGUUUGUAACCAUGCAGGUUAGAAAAUUAAAAAUAAAUUAAAAAACACAGACCCAAAACAGCCGGUUAAAAAGCCAGGCACAGCAAACCUCAGCUUUCUUUCUUAAUUUUAAUAACAGUAGGGUUGUGACAAUGAGGUCUAGAAACACCAUGAAGUCUAGCAGGUUAAAAAGCAAAGCACAGUUUACAUUUAAGGGGGGAAACCUGUUACCAUUUUAAAACGGUUUCGAAUACGAACGUGUGUGUUUCAACCGUGUGAGAUGGUAUAUGCAUUCCUGUGCAACAUGCAACAGUAAGAAACCUGGUCGGGAUUCUGGAAUCCACAGCAAAUCCCGCAGCUGCCACCCAGAUUUAAAACCGAAGCGCUUGUGAUGCUCUCGGUCUCGUCUCCGCCUGAACAGAUCCUGCAGUUGUAGCUGGGCAGCAGAACUCGUUUCACGAGAUGGUUUGGUGGUGGAGAGGAGGAAGGUGGCAAUUUCAGGGGUGGGGCGGAGGGUGUGCAGUUAUUGUGCCAGAUUUUUUUUUUUUAAGGACUCACUCCGGUGAAUAUUUUGGAUAGCUUUUUGGCUUUGAGACGAUAACAAGCUUGCUGGUACAAGUCUCUAAUCCAGAGGUGGCCAGCGUAGCAACUUCCAGAAGUUUUCGGACUCCAACACAGCAGCCCAGCAUGGUCAGUGAUGGGAGUAUGGAAGUUGGAACCCAGUGACUGCCUCUGCCUCGCUUGUUCUAUCUGCAAUAUGGGCAUAAUAAGCCUUGCCUACCUUAAAUGGGCAAAACUUAUUGCAAGGGUUAUAGGGAUGAUGGGUGUGCAGAUCAGAGGAUUCCUCUCUUUGUGUGAGGGAUUACUGGGGUAUCAUGAAAUGCUUCAUCUCAGAUUUCAUAGCCUACGGCUUCACAAAGCGUGAAUGAACACAGUUCCUUAUUUGUUAGCACCUUCUCUGGAGCUAUUUUUCAAGACCUUGCGCCACAAAGCAGCUACAGUGUUUCUCGACGGCGUUUGUCUCCCUCCGGUACUGUAAAAAAUCACAGGGACUCUUUCGAAGGCUAGCAUUGUGCCCCAAUUCUUGGCCUCAGUUGUCUCGUAAUCUGUGAAAUGGGCGCAACCCUCCUACAACAGCCGCGCUGGCUUUUAUGAUAAAGAUUCGAUUGAAGCCUGUAAUGCAAAAUCGCACCUUGCUUUGAACCAUGAAUUAUUGAAUGGAGAACGCCGGGAGGAGAUAAACAAGGUUUCCGAGACACUUUUUCUGCGUUAAUGGCCUGAACAGUGAUUAAUAAAUUGAUAGAUGCAAAGGGUAAACAGGAUCAAAGAGCGAAAAGGCCUCUUAGGGCUCAUUAAAAAUUAAAUAUUUUUUUAAAUGCACCAAGUAGCGGGGGAGAGACUUUAUCCCAUUCCGCUUUAGACCCGUGACGCCUGUGAAGUGUUUAUUCCCAUUUUGUUAGCAGGAAGAACUGGUGCUUAAUAGAUGGUCUGCUUGCUUUAAGAUGGGCGAGGGCAUUCAUUCAUUCACCAAUUCACUCCUGAGUGGGGGAUUUAGACUUCAGAUGUCUUUGGACUGGGUUGUGAAUGAACUCUUCCCUUCUGCCAGGCAGAAAUCUGCCAGGCGUAAGUUCAACCGGGGAAGCCUGUCCCCACAACCUGCUGCACCUGUUGAAUGACAAGCUGCUCUAAGAACACAGGCACAUGACUAGUUUGUGGGUUGGAGUGAGGAAGCUAGCGACGCAGGUUCGGUGUUCAAAGAGGGUAUCUCCCCACAAGUGAGAUGAAAAUCUUCAGCAUUUUCUCUGCCUGCCCUUCUGCCUCACCACUACCAGACCACAAGCUCACCAAUUUAAAUUUUCUCUUGACUGUCCUUCCCUAUUCUCUUGAGUGCAAUUUGUUUUAAACUGAUUUUAAUACUGUGUUUUUAAAUGAUAGUCAUUUUCCCUGGCAUCUCAUGGAGAAGGGCAGGUGGAAAAUCUAAAUAAUGAUGAUGAAAAUUUCAUUUUUCUCAAUCUGUUAACCAAGUUCACCACAGCAUUUGCAAAAAAAUUACCAAGCGGGUAAAAUAUAUGUGUGUUCGUUGCUUACUGGAAGCCAAAAUUUCAAGGAACAGGUUUAGAAAAACCCCAAGCGUGUAGGAGAUUAUACAUUUGUUCUGUCCAGUUCUGAUUUGUACUAGAUGCAGAAGAGAGAAGAAAAUAUAUUUCUCUCUCUUUUCUCCCCUCCAAAUCCUCAACCACCUAAAAUAAUAUCUGCUUUGAAAACCAAAUCCUCAGGAUUUGGCCAAUUAGCCAUCUUUGCUCAGCCCAGGUCAGCAAACUUGUACAUGACACGACCCCGUCAAGUUAUCCUGCUAAGCUGAUCCCGAUCAGCCCUGGCCGCAAAUAGUUGACCUUGGACAAUUGGAUCUUUGCAAGGAAGAGCGUAUUUCGUUGCCCUCAUGAAGUUCUGCUUUGAAUAGGUGGGUUAAAUGGAGAUGGUAGGAAACCCUCCCACUGAGAAUUACUUUUUUGAGAGUGGGUGGGAAGGUUUUGCAUGACUUGAGAGCCAGUGUGGUGUAGUGGUUAAGAGCGGUAGUCUCGUAAUCUGGGGAACCGGGUUCGCGUCUCCGCUCCUCCACAUGCAGCUGCUGGGUGACCUUGGGCCAGUCACACUUCUUUGAAGUCUCUCAGCCCCACUCACCCCACAGAGUGUUUGUUGUGGGGGAGGAAGAGAAAGGAGAAUGUUGGCCGCUUUGAGACUCCUGAAGGGGAGUGAAAGGCGGGAUAUCAAAUCCAAACUCUUCUUCUUCUUCUUCUUGUGCAUUUUCCGGCAUUCCAGCAGAAGCUGAACUGACUGGUCUCUGCCUGCAAGGAGCAUACAGACCUUGUGGUGAUUAAUGGCCUUCUUCCUGCGCCUUGAGGUUUCCCCCUCCUUCUUUUCAGUAAUUUAAUUUAUUGGAGUCCUAUGGGCUUAAGGUGGUGCACAUGGUUCUUGCUCUCCCCACUUUGUCCCCAACGACAACCUUGUGAGGCAGUUCAUGCUGAGAGACUGUGACUGGCCCAGCAGUGAGCUUCAUGGCUGAGUGGAGAAUUUGAACCCCGGUCUCUCAGGGCCUGGAGGGAUGCGGGUGGCGCUGUAGGUUAAACCACAGAGCCUAGGACUUGCCGAUCAGAAGGUCGGCGGUUCGAAUCCCCGGAACGGGGGAGCUCCCGUUGCUCGGUCCCUGCUCCUGCCCACCUAGCAGUUUGAAAGCACACCAGUGCAAGUAGAUAAAUAGGUACCACUCCGGCGGGAAGGUAAACAGCAUUUCCGUGCGCUGCUCUGGUUCGCCAGAAGCGGCUUAGUCCUCCUGGCCACAUGACCCGGAAGCUGUACGCCGGCUCCCUCGGCCAGUAAGUGAGAUGAGCGCCGCAACCCCUGAGUUGGCCACAACUGGACCUAAUGGUCAGGGGUCCCUUUACCUUUACCUCUCAGGGCCUAGCCCAGCACUUGAACUACACGACACACCGGCUCUCACAGGUGGUGAAAAUAAACCUGAGAAACGAAGGAGAUGUAUCUGCCUGUUGCGCGAACAUUGUUCCAGCUGAAAGACCGAGGCGAGCUUCAACACUGGUGUUCUCCUUUUCCAAAUUACUGUUUUCUCUGCGUCUUCAGCUGAGGUCGAGCAACGCAGACCUUAAAGUUGCGCUUGGGUCUUGCAAAGCUUGCUGUGGUUCCUUUGCAGCAGCCUGGGUUCUACAACGACAGAGCUGCGCUUGCUUGAUCAGAGCAAGGGCAACAGAGGGUUCUUGUUUUGUUUUUGCAAGGAAAUAAAUGCAUUUUGUGUGUUUGGAUGCAGGGUGGGAGAGAGCAAGCCAAGUUUUAAAUACCCCCUUCCCUCUGCCUCUCUUCCUCUCCCCGAUGCCUUGGCCUCUCUCCUUAUUUCAAGCACGAAAUGCCAGCGCGCUGGUGGCGUCCCGUUUCCAUGGGAACGGCAGGGCAUCCCGGAAGAACGCCGGGGUCCAUUCAUGCCCGUCAAUGCAGGAGGCAAAGUAGAAGCACAAAUAAGGUGGCAAAGAAUGGCUGUCUUUGUGGUGGCGGCGGCAGCAGACACUUCCCUCUCUGUGUGAGGAGGGGAGGAAGGCUUCCUCAUUCCAGCGCCCGUUGCAAUUAGAGGGCUGCCCCUUCUCAGCUUCGUGGGAUCGUCACCUUGCGGGCACAAUUCUCCACUGCCAAGCCAAGCCUCUUUCUAACCUGCCUGGCUUCCUGCUACCAGGGCCUGAAACAAAACAUUGUUAUUAUUGUUGGUUGGAUUUAUAUCCCUCGUUAAAACCCAAAUCGAAAGACAAUUCCACUUGUUGCAGUACAGUGGUACCUUGGUUCUCAAACACCUUGGUACUCAAACAACUUGGAACCCAAACACUGCAAACCCGGAAGUGUUCCGGUUUGCGAACGUUUUUCAGAAGCCGAACGUGCUCCAUUUUGAGUAUUACACUGAGGUCUGUUUUUGCUAUUUAUUUUGCGUUUUUGUGGCUCUUUUAUGUUUUGUUUUUGUGACUGUGUGGAGCCCAGUUCAGCUAGUGAUGGAUUGAUUGUGUGACUGCAGUACAUUGUUUAUUGCUUUCAUUUUAUGGAUCCAUGGUCUCGUUAGAUAGUAAGAUUCAUGUUAAACUGCUGUUCUAGGGGUUGUCUUUAAAAGUCUGGAACGGAUUAAUCCAUUUUGCAUUACUUUCUAUGGGAAAGCAUGCCUUGGUUUUGGAACGCUUUGGUUUUGGAACGGACUUCCAAAACGGAUUAAGUUUGAGAACCAAGACGCCACUGUACUGAGUGCUCUGCCGGCCAUGCCUGUUGCUGCAUGCUCCAUUCCAUUUCACCCCGCAGUUCCUGGUUGUUGUUGUUCUGAUCUCCUCCCCACACUCCAUGCCUACCAAGCACGCUCCAUCCUCGCUCAGCCAUUUUGGAGGUUUAUCUCCUUAAGACUCUCCCACCCACUUUGCCAGCCACUCCCUUCUCCUUGUGCCAUUUCGGCUACACAUGGAAUGGCACUCACAGCCAGAACGCUGUGAAUAGAUGGACUGCUAAGGCAUGGAACGUCAGGCUGUGCCUUACACCAGGUCAGACCAUUGCUCCAUCUAGCUCAGUACUGUCCACACUGACUGGCAGGCGCUCUCUGGGCUUUCAGAUGGGAGAUGCUGGAGACCGAUUCUGCGACCUUCUGCAUGCAAAGCAGUGGCUGUACCACUGAACUAUGGAACGUUUCCUAAUUUUGGAACUCUGGAUCCCAGGCUAGGGAACUCUGGAGCAGGCUAGGGAUCCCAAACGCGACAUCCUCCUCUCAAGCAAAAAAUCCCUGGCAUGCGUCUGUGGGUGGUGGACGAUUACAAUAGCGGCGAACUGGGUUUACAUGUGUAAAUGUCCCAGUGUUAGACGACUUGUACGUUUUUUUUACCACCACCGUAAAGCCAAUUGCAGAGCUCAGCGAUUUGUCACGGCCAGACACAAUGGAGAGACAGCGCUGUGUAGUGGUUCCAAUGGCGGUCUAGGGCUGGACUGAGAAAAAGAGAGCCAGGUUCAAAUCCCUGCUGCCCCACUGGGAAGCCCACUGGGUCAGCCCCCUAGCCUACUCCACAUGGGUGUUGUGAAGUUCAAAGAGUCGGUGGGGAAGAAUUACGGGCAACGUGUCGAGUUCCUUGCAGGGCACAAAUGUAAAUAACAAUAAUGGCCGAACUCUCAACCUGCUCCUUCUUCCUUGAUGUGGAAGGCUUGGAAUCUCUGUAAUUUUUUUGCAGGGGAAGUCCUGGACCCUUUCCUCCUCCGAGUCUGUUCCCACUCCCUGCUGUUCCUCAUAUCCCCCCAUUGUCUUCGUCUCACGUCCAAGCCUCUUGGACGGCCUCCAUCUUCUUUCCCACGGCGAGGAGAGCAGAGGGGAGAGUCCGGAGGUUGACCUUGGCUGUGGCGGAGGUCUCCUCUCGCUCUCUUCCCACCCUGCAGCGGAACGGAGGAGACCGUGCAAACGUGCGUCUGUGGUUGGGACCACUUGGGAUUCUGGGACCAGUGGUGAUGUAAAUUCGGAGCUGCCCUGCAGCUUAGGCUACGAGGCUGCCUUAAACCAAUAUGCCCACUUUUCCUGCUUCACUCUGCAGAAGCGGCAUAUAAUACCAGUUCAGCAUUUGUAAAAACUCGAUUUUUUAGUUUUGAACUCCCCGCUUAUUGAUAUCAAGCAGGCGCCUUCACCCUCUUUUCGGCGCCUGCUAAGACCAUUUUCUUUUGGGCAAGUUUUAGAAAACGAAUGUGAGCCUUAAUCUGCUUUGAGUCUGUUGUUGUUUUAACUUUUCAAAUGCCUCAAUUUAUUGCUGCUUUAAUUUUUCUGAGAGGUGAUUGUUGGUAGGUUGUUGUUGUUGUUUUACAAUCAAGAGGCGUAUAGAUUUUAUGAAAUAAAUAAAUGGAAAUAGCCACAAAGGCUGUCUUCUCCCUCUACUGUCAGAGGCUGUGAAUGCUUCUGAAUACCAGUCGCUAGGAAUCGUAAGUAAGGAGAGAGCCACUGUUGCGCUUGUGAGCUUCCGCUAGGGCAGGCAUGUCCAAAAUCUGUUUCAGGGGCCUAAUCCAGCCCACUGUUUGAUUUAAUCCGGCUCCUGUGGCAGUAUAUGUCCUUCAACAGCAGUAAUCCUUUGGUCGGCCCUCAUGCAUGUUCACUUCAUCAAAUCUGGCCCUCUUUGAAAAAAGUUUGGACACCCCUGUUCUAGGGUCAUCUACUGGCUUAGCCACUGUGAAAACAGGGUGCCGGACUAGAUGGGUCAUUGGUCUGAACCUGCAACUGAGCUCUCUCCUGACGUUCUCAGUCUCCAGACUUAAGGGAAGCAUCAGAGGUGUGGAGACAUUGGAAAGUUAUGGGAAGUCUCGGUGGUGGGGUGCACAUUUUAUUCUUUUUUAUGUUUGGUUAUUUCUUUGUCAAAAUAAAACAAUAAUAAUUAGGCAUUAGCAAAUAAACAAAACAUCAAAAAGCACACGCCCAAAUUAAAACAGUUUCCGCAUGAGUCAUAAGAACAUCUAAAAUAAAGAUUAAAAAAUUAAUAUCAAUGACAGCAACAAAAAACACCCCUGAGCAACACCCCAGCCUAAGACUCUGUUCAGCAGCCUCCACUUUUGUAGCUGGAGUCAGUCCAAACUCCGCCCUCCCAGGCCAGGUGGGGAAAGGUGUGGGAGGCAGGGAGCAGGUCUCCCAGGACCCACAGCCAAGAUGGUCCUUUGUCAGUUGGUUAAGCUGCAGGAAGCAGAGAGUUGCAAUAACUGCAAAGUACUCUUAAUGGAGAGAAGUGGACUCACCUAAGGAUCAGUAAUGGGGCCAGGGCUUUUUAACGUAUUCAUAAAUGUCCUAGAGUUGGGUGUGAGCAGGGAGGUGGCCAAGUUUGCCGGUGACACUAAAUUGUUCAGGAUUGUUAAAACAAAAAGAGAUUGAGAAGAGCUCCAAAAGGACCUGUCCAAGCUGAGCGAAUGGCCAGUAAAAUGGCAAAUGCAAUUCAGCGUAGAGAAAUGUAGUGAUGCAUGUUGGAACAAAAAAAUCUUAAAUUCACGUGCAUGCUCUGAGCUGGAGGGGAAGGACCAGGAACGAGACCUUGGGGUCAUAUUCUAUAGCUUGAUGAAGAUGCCGGCUCAGUGUACAGCAGCCGUGAAAAAGGCCAUUUCCAGGCUAGGGAUCAUUAGGAAAGGAAUUUAAAAUGGACCUGCCAAUACCACCAUGCUGGUUUACAAAUCUAUGGCGCAGCUGCAUUUGGAGCACUGUGUACAGUUCUGGCUGCCUCACCUCAAAAAGGAUAUUGUGGAGCUGCAAAAAGGUUCAGGGGAAAAAAGCCACUAAAAUGAUUGAGGAAAGGCUGCAGCGUUUGGGACUAUUUAGUUUAGAGAAAACACAAGAGGCGACAUGAUAGAAGUUUGUAAAAACUGGAGGCAGGGAUGGCCACCAGCCUAAAGGUAAAGGUAAAGGGACCCCUGACCGUUAGGUCCAGUCGUGGCCGACUCUGGGGUUGUGGCGCUCAUCUCGCUUUAUUGGCCGAGGGAGCCGGCGUACAGCUUCUGGGUCAUGUGGCCAGCAGGACUGAGCCACUUCUGGCGAACCAGAGCAGCGCACGGAAACGCCGUUUACCUUCCCGCUGGAGCGGUAUCUAUUUAUCUAUUUGCACUUUGACGUGCUUUCGAGCUGCUAGGUUGGCAGGAGCUGGGACCGAGCAACGGGAGCUCACCCCGUUGCGGGGAUUCGAACCGCUGACCUUCUGAUUGGCAAGUCCUAGGCUCUGUGGUUUAACCCACAGCGCCACCCGCAUCCCUAGAUGACUUUAAAAGCCACCAACUUAGAUGACUUUAAAAGAGGAUUUGACAAAUUCAGGGAGGGCUAUUGCUAGAUACUAGCCAGGAUGACUCUGUGUAACGCUUCCGAAUCCCAGUUGCUGGAAACUGCGGGAUGCUGGACUACAUGUGCCCUUGGCCUGAUCCUGCAGGCUCUUCCCGUGUCCUUACACGUGUUUCUCCUUGCAGAUACAAGAGCAUUGUGACAGGGAAACGGGCCCGGGUCCUCAUUGCCGUCCUCUGGAUCCUCUCCUUCGGCAUCGGGCUCACCCCGCUGAUGGGCUGGAACCACGGGGAGAACGCCACCACCUGCACCGAGAACUUCACGACCUUUGGCAACGGGAGCCCCAUUGAGGCGGGUCAGCGCAGGCCCUGCCAGGUGAGAUGCCUCUUUGAGAAGGUGGUGACCAUGAGCUACAUGGUCUACUUCAACUUCUUUGGCUGCGUCCUGCUCCCGCUGCUCAUUAUGCUGGGCAUCUACGCCAAGAUCUUCCUGGUGGCCUGCAAGCAGCUGCGGCAGAUGGAGCUGAUGGGCAACUCCCGCACCACGCUGCAGAAGGAGGUCAACGCCGCCAAGUCCUUGGCCAUCAUCGUGGGCCUCUUUGCCCUGUGCUGGCUGCCCCUCCACAUCCUCAACUGCCUGACCCUCUUCCACCCAGAGCUGGCCAAGCCCACCGAGAUCAUGAACCUGGCCAUCGUCCUCUCCCACGCCAAUUCGGUCGUCAACCCCAUCAUCUACGCUUACCGCAUCCAGGACUUCCGCUUCACCUUCCGGAAGAUUCUCUGGCGGUACGUCCUCUGCAAGGCCGACGACUUCCCCAAGGGCGCGAAAGGAGGCGGAAGCGGAGGUGGCAGCAACCGCGACCUGGCGGUCGCCAGCAUCAUCACGACUCCGGCCUGCAUUUGAGGACUACCUUGUUUUUGGAGGUCCCGGCAGACAUGUGUGACCCUCAAAACUCCAGGAGGAGACCAUGAUGACAAGGGACCACCAUUGAGCUGUGUUUGUACUGCUGCAGUUUGAGUCUACGGUCCAUAAUAUGCAUAUCUACUCCUGCUGUGAGCAGGGGGCGAAAAUGGACGGCCUCUGGGUGGCCCCUUGUUUCUAACUCUUAAAACUGUCAUGAUUUAUUUUGUGAUUUUAGUUGUGUUUGGUUAUUGUUUAUAAAAAUUGUGCCUCUGAGAGGAGGAAUCCUACCGUCAACCUUACAUGCUGUCUAAGUCCCUAACGGAUGAAACUUUAGGGAGGGGGGUGGUAAGAGAGAGGGGAUGAGAUUUAUAUUUUCCUUCCAAAAGAGAGAGAAGAAAAAUCACGUCAAAUUCUUGCCACUGGAACAAGGGCCGGUCUCCCAACCAUGCUCCUCUCGCGCUUUCCUGUGCGGAGGUUGUUAUUUUUUCAUCGUUCAAAGACAACUUUUUAAAAAUAUAUACGUGAUGGGUUUGUUGUUUUGACUAAGAAUGUCGUGUGUUUGUGUCUGUCUGUCCUCUCUUGCCCCACAACCGCCUUUUUUAAAAAAUUAAAAGAAUGGUCAUCAGUUGUUUGAUGCUGCUGGUAUUCUCCAUUGGCAAAUCAUUUUAAGUAUAAAUUGUGGGCUUGUUUUUUUCCUUAAAACUUGGUGCAGAAAGGGCAGAGUUAAGGGGAUUGGCGGGGUUGACUGAACAAAUUGGUUUUAAUUCAGAAAAGAGGGAACCUAGUGACAGCGGCUUCUUCCUUUAAUAAAGGAGAGUUGUUGAGGGCCAAAAUCUACAUCGCUGUCAGUGUACUGUGUUUUAAUUUGCCUGAAAACUAGAGCAUGGUGCUUUUUGGGUUAUAUCUGAUACCGAGAGAGAAAAGGCUGUCUAAUCAGGGCUGUGAAUGGAAUGGGAAGCC